UACUGCUCAAUUAACCACCCAUGUGUCGCUCUCAUAGCUUUCAAAGUUUAGAGGAAUAAUGUAACGUUGAUAAUAAAACGUAUUUUUCUUCCUGACCACCACGCCGUGUUUUUAAAUUGCCGAUAGAAACCAUUGGCAAAUAAGUAAAUGCAUUGAUGAAGUUGUUGAGGUAAACAUGGUAGUAAUACUCUAGCUAACUUAAUAAUAGACUAGGAUUCCUUCGACUGUUACCAAAACUAAUUAUUCCCCCGCAACCUCGUACUUUGCGAGAGCUCAACGUUAUUUCCGGGUUUUCACAGCGUUGCUUUGGAUCGGGGAGAUUUUCCUCUCGCUGUUACAACACCUUUGGCUACACCAGCCGCGAGCGUCUGAAUGACAUUUAGCCAACAACGCAGCUAGCAGCGCUACUUCAGUGAGAUUAACACAGUAGCUCGUUCAGAGCCAAAUCCCACCUUUAAAUUAGCGACAGAGCUCGUGCAGCCAAAGUGACGCGUGAGUAUGGAAUACCUGAGGAAACCUCUGAUGACGCUUCCCCACCACUGGAAGCCCCUCGUGUGCGCGCGACACAGGUGUUGUUCCAACCUACCGAGGGACGGGAAGACCCCCGUAGACCGGUUCAGGGCUCAGGUGUCGCGCGGUCCGAGUUUUCAGGACUUCAUAAAAGGUGUUUCUGUCCAUAAGCCGCGUGCAGAAGCCGCGGGGGGCUGCGACUCGCACGCGUACCUGUCCGAGGACCUCUCGAUGGGCGACUCCAGGAAAGUGUAUUUUGAAACCUAUGGGUGUCAAAUGAACGUCAACGACACGGAGAUCGCCUGGUCCAUCCUGCAGAAGAAGGGAUACCUGCGCACAGCCGACUUACGCGAGGCAGACGUUGUCCUUCUGGUGACCUGCUCCAUACGAGAGAAGGCCGAGCAGACCAUCUGGAACCGGCUGCGACAACUGACGGCCCUGAAGAAGAGGCGGCUGAAGAGCCACGCGCCGAUGAAGAUUGGGAUUCUAGGCUGCAUGGCAGAGCGGCUGAAGACGGAGCUGCUGGAGCGGGAGAAGCUCGUGGACGUUCUCGCCGGUCCCGACGCCUACCGGGACCUUCCCCGCCUCUUGACCGUGGCUGACGGGGGUCUUCAGGCCAGCAACGUGCUGCUGUCGCUGGAAGAGACCUACGCCGACGUCAUGCCCGUCCACCAUGCUCCUCAGGGGAACACUGCCUUUGUGUCCAUCAUGCGAGGCUGCGACAACAUGUGCAGUUACUGCAUUGUUCCCUUCACCCGAGGGAGAGAGAGGAGCCGACCCGUCAGCUCCGUGCUGGAGGAAGUCCGCGUGCUGUCUGACCAGGGUGUGAAGGAGGUGACUCUCCUGGGUCAGAACGUGAACAGCUACAGAGACACGUCGGAGGAGCAGUUCUGCGGCUCGGACCCAACCAAGCUCAGCCAGGGGUUCAAGACCGUGUACAGAGCAAAGCAGGGAGGUCUGCGCUUCUCCGACCUGCUGGACCGAGUGUCCCGCAUCGAUCCCGACAUGAGGAUCCGAUUCACCUCACCGCAUCCCAAGGACUUCCCUGAUGAGGUUUUGCACCUGAUCGUGGAGCGAGGGAACAUCUGUAACCAGAUCCACCUUCCCGCCCAGAGCGGCAGCAGCGAGGUCCUGAAGGCGAUGCGGCGCGGCUACACGAGAGAGGCCUACCUCGACCUCGUUGGGAACAUCAAGAGAAUCAUCCCAGACGUGAGCCUCAGCAGUGACUUCAUCUCCGGCUUCUGUGGCGAGACGGAGGACGACCACCAGCAGACGCUGUCUCUCAUCAGAGCGGUGGGCUACAAUGUGGGAUUCCUGUUUGCCUACAGCAUGAGGAAGAAAACCCACGCCGCCCAUCGGCUGCAGGACGACGUGCCGCCUGAGGACAAGCGGCGGCGGCUGGAGGAGUGCAUCGCCGCGUUCAGGGAGGAAGCGGCGAAGGUCAACGCCGCGCUCAUCGGCAGCACGCAGCUGGUCCUGGUGGAGGGAGAAAGUAAAAGAUCAGCCAAAGACCUGUGUGGGAGAACGGACGGCAACAUGAAAGUGAUCUUCCCCAAAGAGGACGUUGCUGUCCAGCCUUCAGCAUUGGACACGGCGUCCGUCCAUCCAGGGGACUAUGUGCUGGUCAAGAUUUUGUCGUCCAGCUCCCAGACGCUGAGAGGCCGAGCCCUCAGUCACAGUUCCCUCAGCGGCGUGAUGAAGGGUCGCGAGCUUCUCCUCAGCCACCAGCUGGCUGACCACGUGGCCUCCGACACAACCACGACCUCGGGGGGAAGUAGGACACUUUUUUCUUCUCAAUGACUUUGAAGACACACGGAGGACGCAAACAUUUUGGUCAUCUGUCACGUUGGACGUUUUCGAGUCAGUGCUAGUAUGUAUUUAUUAUUUGGACAGCUUGAAGGGAUAGUUUGGAAUAUUUUGAGGAGAGGUUCUAUGAGUGACUCACAGUAGUUGGCGGUCACUUUAUAGAAAGGGACAUGUGGACCAGCACAGAAGAUAGGCAAUGCACUGCUGUACACAUACAUAGCAUUUACAACUUAUGGCCUCUUCAAAGCCACCAGACCCCAUUGACAAAAAGUCAUUUCACCUCGUAGAACACUGGAGCUGAAGUAGACCAGGAACUCGUGUUUUUCACGGUCAAGUUACUGUUUUUGUCAGAAGACUUGUGGCUUUCAGGAUAACAUCUGCAGUUCCUUCUGUCUGGACGUAAAGCUGGGAAAGUUUUAUUUGGAUAAAGGGUCCCGUGCAGAGCUCCAGGAUCAGGCGUCGGUACCCUUCUCCAUCCCCAUCUAUGGUGGAGAAUCGUGUUGGUCGCCUCCCAGUCAAUGAAGUGUGUUUUUUUUUCUCCCUAUCGUUAGUGAAUAAAGUACUACAUAACAGCUCUUAACUUG